AUGUCUCGCGCCGCUAAAGCCAUAGGGCCGUCGAGCUCGUUCCGUGAUGUGACAUUGCUCGAGACGCCUCUCCUUAAGGACCACCCUAACAGCGGCUCGCAGACUGCACCACGGCGCCAGAACUCAGUGGGCCCCACCGUCCGCAUUCUCCGCUUCGGGUUCGGCCAGAGCCGGGAGCAGUCAUGGCUUUCACAGCUCAACCCCUUCGCGUCCCUCCGCUUUUCCGCGUCGCUCGCCGGCACGUGGCGGCUGGUGCGCGACGCUGUGCCGUGCCUGGAUUGGCUGCUGUCGUACGACGUGCGGCGCGACCUGAAAGGCGACAUGGUGGCGGGGCUGUCGGUGGGGUUCAUGAUCAUCCCGCAAGGCAUGGCGUACGCGCGCGUCGCGGGCCUGCCGUCCAUAUACGGUCUCUACACCGGCUUCGUGCCGUGCCUUGUCUAUAGCUCUGUUCAUCAUGACCCCCCUCUCAUGCACCAACCCCACUCCCCAUUCUCUCCCCGCGCCCUCUCCGCUCUCUCCCCGUUCUCUCCCCGCAUGCUCCCCAUGGCGCGCAGCAUAUUCGGCAGCUCGCGGCAGCUGGCGCUGGGUCCCACGUCGCUCGUGUCGCUGCUGGUGAACGAAGCCAUCAAGCAGAUGGCGGACCCGGACUCGCACGACCCCGCGGAGCAGCGCCUCUACCUGGGCCUCACGCUGCUCCUCUCGCUCAUGCUCGGCGCGCUGCAGCUGCUGGCUGGCCUCCUCCGCCUGGGCUGGGUCGUGCGCUUCCUCUCACACGCGGUGGUCUCUGGCUUCAGCAGCGGCGCGGCCAUAAUGCUGGGGCUCAUGCAGAUGCGCUACUUCUUAGGUUACACCACGCGCCAUGAGACCAUGCACAUGAUACUCUAUGACAUCUUCGUCAAUCUCAAGACCACGCACGUGCCCUCGCUUGUCAUGGGGGUGCUGGCGCUCGCCUUCCUGCUCAUCAUGAAGCACCUGGGCAAGCGUCACAAGCGCCUGCGCAUCCUGCGAACCCUCGGCCCCAUCCUGGCAGCAGCCAUGGGUACGGCGGCCAUCUACCUGCUGCGCAACCCCUGGCACAUCCGCCACCUGGGCAAGCGGCACAAGCGGCUGCGCAUUCUCCGCACGAUGGGCCCCAUCCUGGCAGCAGCCAUGGGCACGGCGACCAUAUACCUGCUGCGCAACCCCUGGCACAUCCGCGUCACGGGCCUCGUGCCCUCGGGGCUCCCCGCAGCCUUCUCCGCGUUCCCCUGGGCGCGCUGGCGCGACCUCGUGUCGCCCGCGCUGGUGAUCGCGAGUGCGGCGUAUCUGGAGACCAUUGCGAUUGCCAAGACGCUGGCUGCUAAGAAUGGCUACUCCGUUGACGCCAACCAGGAGCUCGUUGCUCUAGGCCUGGCGAACACAGUGGGGUCGUGCUUCCAGGCGUUCCCCACGGGCGGCAGCUUCUCACGGUCGGCAGUGAGUGACGACUGUGGCGCCGCCACCGGCAUGGCAGGCGUGGUGUCCGUGCUGCUCGUGCUGCUCACCCUCAUGUUCCUCACGCCCCUCUUCCAGUUCCUGCCCCUGCCUGUGCUCGGAGCCAUCCUGGUGUCAUCGGUGUGUGGGCUGGUGGACUACGAGGAGGCGGCGUUUCUCCUGCGAGUGGAUCCCAAGGACUUUGUCGUGUGGAUGCUCGCCUUCUGCGGCACGCUCUUCUUCGGCAUCCAGACGGGGGUGAUGGUGGCGGUGGUGAUAUCCCUCGGCUUCGUCAUAAAUGAGUCGGCAAACGCGCAGUGUGAGGAGCUGGGGCGGCUGCCUGGCACCACAGUGUACCGCACAGUGCAGCAGUACCCUGAUGCCAAGGUCACCCCUGGGAUUGCCGUCAUCAAAUGCCACUCCCACCUGUACUUUGCGAAUGUGAGCAACCUGCGGGACGUGCUAAGGCGCUACGAGGGGCUCACCAGCAGAACGCCCCUUCCCGCCCCCACCCCCGCCACCACCCCCACACGCUCCUCCCCCACUGCCACCGCCGUUGCCACACCUGCCGCCAGCACCCGCAACAGCACCCCCAGCCCUGCCCGAUCCUCCACCAGUCCUAGCAGCCUGGCUCGGCGAGCCAGCGACGGGAGCUUAGACGGCCGCACCAGCAGCUUCAGGAGCGGUGGGAGCAGCAGGGGUGGGGGAGGGGGGAGCGGGAGCAGUGGGGGAAGCGGAGAUUGUGACGUGGAGGAGGGAGCGGGGGCAGGCGAGGCACUGGUGUCACCAGUAGAAUCGUCGGCAAGGGAACAGCAGGGGGGGAGAGGAGCUGCGGCAAAAGGAAGAGCAUUGGGUGCGACGAACGUGCCUAUAGAGUACGUGAUUAUAGACAUGACGUCAGUACAUGCAGUGGACUCAGCAGCGUGCCAUGCAUUGAGAGAGAUCUGCCUGGAGUACCAGGCGAGGGGGGUGCGCCUGGCCCUUGCCAACCCCAGUGAUGCAGUCAUGCAGAGACUCACACGGGCGGGGAUCCCCGACCUGAUUGGGCGGCAGUGGUUCUUUGUGCGGAUCUUUGAUGCCGUGCAGCUCUGCAAGGCUGACAUGGCGUGUCGCCACGCUGCGGCCUCUGGUGCGCUGCCACCUGGCGGGUUCAUGGUUGCUGACGUGGAGCAGCAGAGGGUGGGGCAGCAGCGGCAGCAUCAGCAGCAGCAGCAGCAGCAAGAGCAGCGGAGGGUCAUGGUGCGGCCGCGUUCGUUUUCAGAGGACGUCAGGGUUGCUGCUCGGCCUGCACAGGCAGAUGGGCGGGUGGACAGAGGUGUGCGCGCUGGCGGAAGGGACAGACAGGGUGACGGACAGGGCCAGGUGGCAGGGGGAGGGAGGGGGCGGACAGUGACGUGGGGCGUGCAGGGGACAAGAGCACAGGGGGCUACAGAGAGAAGCAGUGGGGAUGGGGCGGGUGGGGUGGGGGUGGGUAUUGGAUCAGUGGUUGGGUCAGCAGCAGUGAGGGCGAGGGGGUCAGAGGGCAGUGGCAGGGAGGGGAGCAUGGCAGGGUGGCCGGAGGAGGAUGAGUUUCCUGGCAGCCCCGACUACGGCAUUGUCAUGCCUGCUGGGGGCAUUGCUGCUGCCGCUGCCUCCAGUGCAGCUGCUGGGCUGGCAGAGGCAGGGGCAGGUGAUGGGGAAGGGGAAGGCCCAUCAGGCGUGGGUGUGGCAUCACCUGAGUUUCCACCUCUGGAUGGGUUUGACGUGCAGGCGUUUUCAGCGCCUGAGGUGAUGCAGUCAGAGUAUGUGCUGGCGGAUGCGGAGGAGGAAGAGUCGGAGUGGGUGAGAAUACGACGGGAUAGGAAGAGGAGGCAGAGACGUGCAACGGCUAGGCCGGAUGAUGACCGGGAGAGCACAGGGCAAGAAGAGGCUGAUGAAGAUGGCCGUCCUACUUGCCCUGUGUGCCAUGGCUUUCUGCCUUUGGCUGAUGCCACACCACUCCACUGCAGGUUAGGUGCAGCAUCGUGGCCCUGCCACCCACACGCAGUAUUCACGAGUUUAGGGCUUUGGUCGUUGGAAUUCGCGUUUGAGUUUAUCGUCGCUAGUGCAUGGAUGACGGAAUCCGCUCUUUGCCUGCCUCGCAUGUCCCCCCAUCACCACCGUGCCGCACACUACGGCGACCCGGCUUCCUCGCAUUACGCCCGUUCGUCGCAGUCGCCAGGGCAAUCGCUGCCGCAUUCUGAUUCGUCGCCUUUGUCGCACGUCCAUCGUCGUUCUCAUGUCGCCUCCCCCGCCGCUUCGCCCGUCGCGCCUCUCUUGCUGGAUUCGUCUCAAUCCUCCCCAAUGCUCGAGUCGUCUACCGCUUUUUACGAUACCUUAUCAGUAGCCUGGCCUCAUCAAGCGCGUCCCGAAUCCGAGCCGCUCCCCUCCGGCGCGCAGAUGAUCGGGGUCGAGGCGCCCCGACAUCAGAUGAUCGGCAAGCGCCGAAUGCGGGGGAACAGCGCGCCUCGCGUGGUGAUUCUGCCGCCCAUGAAGCAAAUCAAGAUUGAACCGGCGCGUAUCGUCAGCGUCGACGUGCCUGGCGGGAAGGCUCUUGUGGGGGAGGUGAUAUCCGGGCCGGAUGCUGCCGCCAUUGACGUGUCAGUUCCUGGUUGGUCCGCCGCCGUGCCCCAGUCGCCGUUCAGCCCGUUCCCUCCGCCACCGCACGAAGCACCGCUCCCCGCGCCCACCGCAUCCUCCGCCCCUGUUCCGCCGUGCGCCCCCCCUGCGCCUGUUUCCGCCGCCGCCUCCCCCCUCCGCUGCCCUCCGCCGAGCUUUCAGGAGCUCGCGGCGCGCACCCCCCGUUACAAGGGCGUCCGGCAGCGCAAGUGGGGGCGGUGGGUGUCGGAGAUCCGCGAACCACGGCGCCGAUCACGCAUCUGGCUUGGUUCAUACUCGAGCGCGGAAGAGGCGGCGCGCGUGUACGACAUGGCGGCGCGGAUGCUGCGAGGCGACGCGGCCGGGAGUCUCAACUUCCCCGACAGCCACCAGGACGUGCCGCUGCCGCCUGCCAUCGCCGAGUCGCUCGUCCGCGUGUGUCAGGAGGUUGCGGAGGACGCGGCUCGCGCGGAAGGAGGCGGAGGAAUGGGAGGGAACGCAGAGCAAAGGUCCCUCCGUGCGGAAGCUCUAUCGUCCGAUUCGUCGCCAGAGGAGGAGUCGGACAGUAAUCCGACGGCCGUGCAGGCAGCAAGCAGCUGCGGCGCGGGUAGCGUGUUUUGCGCGCGCUCCGUCCCCACCGCCGAGAUCUCCAGCCACGUGUCGCCGCACUCUCUCGCCUCCGCCACCCGUCCCGCCCCCUCCGCCGUGUUUCGCGUUUCCGCUGCGAAUGUGUCCCCAACAAGCUUUCCCUCGCCCAGCGCACGGCCGUUCUCCGCUCCUCGCUUUCCCCCCAUGGUGGAAAUCCCGCCGCAAAAGGCGCCUCCAGACGUGAUCGUGCUCCCCGACUCGCCAGCAGCAGAGACGGCGGAGGUUGAGGAUCGAGCUGAUGGCGACGCUGCAACGCGCGGAUCGCGCAUGACCCCCGCGGCCUGCACCGCUCGCCCGCACAGCGUACACGUGAGCAGCAGCGGUGGCUCCACGGAUGACCGCCCCGCCGCUCCUCCUGCGCCCCGCCCUUCACCUCUUCCCUCCACUUCCGCGGCCAACCCUACCGCCACUACUGUCACACCUGGCCCUCACACUGCUGCUGCUGCGCCUACACCGGGUGUGCUUGCUGCUGCAGCGAGUGUGGCCGCAGCAGUGGGUGUGCCUGCGAGCGCGUCCCCCAGUGCGCGUGCCCCCACGGCCGCAGUGCACGCGCUGGCGCAGCUGCUCUCCUCCCUCGCUGCCCUCGGCUCCGCGCUCUCCCUGCCGCCGCCUGCCCUCGCGCCAAACAACAGCAGCACUGCCCAUGUGCUUGGGCACGACGGUCAGGCGCCAGGCAGCAGCAUCCAUGCAGGAGGGGACAAUGUUCAGGUGCCAGGAAGCAGCAUCCAUGCAGGAGGGGACAAUGUUCAGGUGCCAGGAAGCAGCAUCCAUGCAGGAGGGGACAAUGUUCAGGUGCCAGGAAGCAGCGUUCAGGGCCCCGAAAACAACAGCAGCCUUCUGGGCGCAGCAGCAGCGCGGGAGCAGCUGAUGCGCAUCCUGCAGUCACCCCUGUUACAGUCACACCGCACGCUUGCUGCUGGCGGGCAGGGGGGGCAUGAGGGACAUGCGGAGCAGCAGCGGCAACAGCAGCAACAGAUGCAUGAACCGCCAUUCCAGUUCCUGCCUCCCAGUGCUGCUGCCAGCAACAUAGCUGCGAGUGACGUGGUUGUUGGGAACACGCAGGUGCCUCCGCCUGCUUCCGCACGGCCCACAUCUCCCCCACCACCACUCCAGGGCUCCGUUCCUGCUGGCCUGCUCCGCACGUCCCAUCCUUCUCCCCCUCCCCACAACAUGCCUGCUGCUGCUUCCCUGCUGUCAGCCUCACCUCCCCCUCCCCAGCCUCCCUUGGUUGUACCCCCUGCGUCCCCCCAGCCCCCCUGCUCUCCGCCCCCUGCGCCCCCCCAGCCCCCCUGCACUGCGCCCCCGGCGUCCCCCAGCCCAUACAGCAGCGCCUUCGACUUCGAGCCGCUGCUGCUGCUGGCAGGCGACGAGGGGGAGGGGGGGGAGGGGCAGAGAGGGGAGGCUGCAGCUGGGGAAGGCGUAACUGCACUGGAGUACGGGCAGGGAGAGGGGGGAGAGGAAGGGGAGGAGAGGAGUGUGCAUGCGGCCAUGGCUGCUGCGGCAGCGGCUGCAGUGGAGGCGAGUGAGCAUCAUGGGCAGGGAGGGGGCAUGGACCGUGCAGUGUCAGCCACAGCAGAGCAGUUCCACAUGUGGCAGCAGCAGCUGUGGGAGCUGUAG